GGGAGGCGGAGGUGAGAUGGGCUGGACUGGCGUGAACUCGAGUUGGGUAGGGAGACGUGAGAGAAACUGCCGCCUUCAAAAAUGGCGUCUUCGUAGGAAAAUGACUAAUAUUAUGAUAAAAGGAUGCUUUGCUUUAGACCUUCAACCAAACGGUUUUGUACCAGCGUUAGUCAAAACUGUUGACUCGAAUCCAACUAUUAAGCACAUGAAGAAGAUGCAGCGGGAUGUAUUAAAUACUGUGCAACACCCUCUUAUUUUGAUGCGUCGACAGAGUUAGCGCGCGCUGCUAGCUUGCAACGCAAUUUUUGUUUGGAAAUUUUAUUUUUAGUUGCGCAUGGUAACCUUACAUGGGUAAAGUAGCGGUUGUUUCACGGCCGAAGCCCAUCGCUGACUUCAUAACUUACAUAUCUAACACAUAAAGUGGGAAAACAAGGGAAAGGACGUAUGCGUUAGGCAGUAAUUUAUCGGUAACCAGGAAAUACGGUUAAAUAAUCUAUCAGAUAUAAGCAUUUGCAGUUCGAUAGAAGCAGUACAUUACUUAGUCUAAAAAGCUGAAAAGGAGGAAGAAUGAUAAAGUAAUUGACAGCAGGAACGUGAAAGUUUGUGCAAAAUAUUGCACCUUAAUCAUUUAUUUGAUCCAUCCUUGCAUAUUUGAAAGCAAUGGAUAGAAAUUACCCGGGAGCAGGAUUCGGUGAUUUGGGAGCAGGGGCCGGAUGGACCUACGAGAGAUCAGCCAAAGCAAGCUUGGUGUAUGGCAGCUCUAGAUCAUCGCAUCCGGAAUCCGAACUUAUUCACCGGCAAGCCUACGCCACUCCCCAUCCCCUGCAGGGUUAUGCUACCAAUCACCAUCCUGGUGGUUCUGGCCAGGGUGGGGCUUGGGGUGCAGCUGGAAGAAGUCUGAGCCUGUCUGGACUUUUUGAUGCUGGGCUGCAUCACGCAAGCCCAUCUGGUCCAGAUCCAUCGGUUAUGAACCUUAUAUCUGCACUAGAGUCCCGGGGUCCACAGCCACCUCCCUCUGCUUCUUCCCUUUUGUCACAAUUUCGCACUCCAUCAUGGCAGACUGCCAUGCAUACGCCUGCCCCUGCGGAGCUCUUUAUCUCGGGUGCACUUCCAGGUUCUGGAUCCUUCCCAUCCUCUUCUGCUUUGUCUGCCUAUCAACACCCGGGUUCAUUCUCGGGGCGGUCCUUUCCUAGUGUAACCCCCACAUUAUCCUUACAGGACACAUCCACCUUCAGCCCCACCUCCAAUAGUCUUCUGUCACCCCAUGAUCCAUUGCUCCACAUCAAGACACCUUCUCAGUCAAGCUUAGGCUUUGAUCGUCUGCUGUCAUCACAGGGUGCAGCUGUAGCCUACCGGGGAAGUCAUGAUCCAACUGGUGGUGUCACAUCUGCUCAAGCCUCUUCUGCAGCCUCAGCUUCUGCUCGUCAUCUACAGUCUCGUCAAUUCAACUUGUUGUCCUCUCAGCUUCAAGACCAGUCCACUCAUUUGUAUGGGGCCUCUGUUUUCUCUUCCACCUCUGCUCCACCUCAGCCAACAUCCCAAGAACGGACAGUACCAAGACAAGACAGUGUAAUUAAACACUACCAACGGCCCUCACCAGCACAAACCUCUUCAUCCACACCGCACCCCCUACAACACUACCUCAGCUGUGGUGUGUCAGGAUAUCAGCAAGCUGCUCACACUCGCCAUGCUGGCCUUUCUUGCAGUCCUUUAGGUCAACAUAGUCCUUCCUCAGACCAUAAACCCUCUCCCAGGACUGAACAGUAUAGACCCGUUACCCAUCCUUCUUAUGGGUCUUCAUCAUCCUCUGGUGGGACAGGAAAGGGGACAAAGAGUAGCUCCAGCAGUGGUUACUCCUCCUCUGGAUCUGCAUCAUCUACAAGAACCCCUCACACACCCCCCUCUGCCUUGUCUACUUCUUCCACAUCAUCCAUCUCUUCUGCAUCUGAUAGUGCACAUCAGUCUAACUCAAUUCCAACCUCCACUACUGCCUUACCAUCCACUCGGCAACAGCCUCUAACUCAUGCUGCACCUCCCCAAACACAUUCCAAACCUUCUCAAAGCUCCUCUAAUUCCACACAACAAAGCCUUCCCAAGUCAUGCCUUUCAGGCUAUGUGUCUCCGGUGGCUCCAGUCAGGUCAUCCAGUGGUCUUACAGGUCAAACACCUCCUCUGCCACAACCUCAGUCUUUCUCUCCAAGUCAGCCUCAUCCAUCACAUCCUUCUCAAUCAUAUGGUGGAUUCAGUUCACCACAAACACAAGAUAUGCCUUCAGCAAGGACCUCUGGAGUUACAAAAGGGUAUGGGAGUUUAGGAAGGCAGUCAUUUUCAACAGAAUCAGUAUAUGGGAACGAUUCAAGUUAUGGAUCUUUGCCAGCAUCCUUGGGGGGGGCUGGCAGCCCAUCAAUGACCUAUGGUGGAUCAGGACACUCCCCUGCCAUUCUUCAAUCAGGAACAAGUGGUGGAGCAACUGGUGGAAGUGGUAGUGGAAGCCGUACAGUAACUGGAGGUAGUAGCAGUGUAGGAGGUAGGGGAUCUUAUCACAUCCCUAAUUCUAGCCCAUCACCAUCUGGCAAUUCUGGAAUCAUACACCCUGGUAUGCAUUCUCCUGUACAUUCACGACUUGCUCAGUCACCUGUUGGAAAAGGAUCCAACAAAUAUCUAUCUACUGUCCUUUCUCCUUCAUUUCUACCUUCUUCAGAAGGUUAUCCAGACACAAGAGGUCCUCAAUUACAACCCUACCAACCUUCUGCAACUAACAAAACAAAGUCGGAAAACAGCAUACUUGGUGUAGCAGGGAAUCGACCCCAACAGGAGAAUGAUGUUGAUGAGGAUUUCCUUAUCCAACACUUACUUCAAGCCCAGAGUCCUGCUCCUCAAGCAUCUCACCAUCAUCCUCCUCAAAGCCAUCAUUCCUCACAGCCCAACCAGCAGCUAUCAGUUCAGAAUGGCAGUAAGGAGCUUUCUUAUGAAAUUAACAAAAGCUCAGAUGAGAGGUAUCACCUUCAGAGUGUUAUUAGAACACACAGUGCCACAUCUAACACUGCUGUCUCUGGGACAGAAAGUGUAGUGGGACUGGACAGUCAUUUGGAGAUGUCCCUAAAGAAACAACAACAGCAACAACAACCUCCACAACAGAAGAGUAACAGAACUAGUAGUGGAGGAAGAGGGAAUUCAGAUCAAACUAAUUCCCAUCCUCAUCAUGAUUCCCUGGGAUCAGUGGUACAUUACCCAUAUUCCCAUCAUUCCAAUCCUCAACACACCACCUCCCACAAUCAACACACUCCACAUACACCAACGCAUCAACACUUACACUCCCACUCACACAUGGACCUUCAGAAAAAGCCUCAAGAUUCAAGUGAUAUGGCUUACAUCCGAAAGACACCUGACCUGCAGCAACACCAACAUCAACAACAAACUCCUCAUCAUCAGUCACAUUCACAGCAACAACAACAACAGCAGCAGCAACGUCACUGUCACUCACAGUCACUCGUGGAUUCCCCUACUGACCAAACUUGCCAACCUUCUCAUUUGUUGCAGUCUGUGCUGUCUCACACCCACAGCAAAAUAGAGCCUCAGCAGCAGCAUUCUGUAAACCAACAAACUCUGAUGGAAGCAACUGGGGUAUCUGUGUCAGCAGAAACCCAUUCUCAGCCCCAAGCAUCCCAACUUCAACUUCAGUCCCAGGCUUUAGAUGCAUCUGGUCACUAUGGUCAUGGUUCCCAGCAACAAGAGCAGAGCCAGCCUAAAUCAAGCACAGUGUCUUCACUAGACAUACUGGAUCAUUCCGUCUCACAAACCUCUAGCCUGAAGGGAAGAGUGGUGGAUGAAAGAAUAGGGGGUGAAAGAACCAGGGGACAUUCUGUAGCAGCAACAGCAGAAACUGUAGAGAUGCACCAAUCUCAGGAGCAACCAAGACUUUCAUCUCAUCUUCCCACACAGAACCAUGCCUCAGAGUUACACUCAUAUUGUCAUGAGCCAGAAAUUAAUUUAUCGACAACCACACAUAGCCACCACCUUAAACACCAUCAGCAGCAGCAGCAACCACCACCACAGUCAGGUCCUCAACAUCCUAACUCUCACCAUCAACACUGCCAUGUUUCCGAUCAUGAUACACAGAGCCAUCAUCAUACUCAUCCACAGCCCUCUUCAGCUUCUCAACAACAAGAGCAGUCCCAAACCUCCCAUGUUUCUCAGAUUCCUCAAUCUCAGCUUGAUCAGCAUCAUGGAGAGCAUCACUUUGACACAAGGAAUCCAGCAGUGAAAUCAAAUCAAAACCAGAAUCAAUCCCAACAAAGCCAGAGGUUUGUUUCUUUACCAUCUAUCUGCUUUCCUGAUACUCUUUUGCCAGAUGAGGAACGUUCAUUUUUUCCUGAAAUGGGGGAUAUGUUCUGUGGAGAAGAUUACAAAUCCACCUCCUCAGGGGCAACUGUCCAAGGACAGGAUGGGGUUGCUUCUGUCAAAGCGUUACAACAAGGAAUGGAUGGAAUUAAAACAACCCCUGCAGUAGAAGGAGACAACACAGGUCCAAGCUAUGAUAUGCUUGGCCAUCACAGUGAUCAGGCAUUUAGACAGUAUUGCCAUGAUCUUUCAGAAUCUGACAAUGGAACCAUAAAUUUAGAUCUUAAUUCUUUGAAAACCCAUGAUCUCCCAUCAACAAUUAACACAGAGCAGCUUGGACUGAUUCAGUCUCAACCAUCCAGUCUUGGAAUGGGGACAACUGGAAGUGUUGGGGAAACAUCUAGUGCCAAAAUAGGUGGCAAUGGAGGGUCUAGUUCUGGAUCAGGGGGUCUGACUUCUCCAAUCUUUUGUUCCUCUCGCCCAAAAAAGCUCCUGAAGUCUAGUUCUUUCCAUCUGCUGAAGGAGAGACCUGAUCCAAAUUCCUUGCCUAAGAAGAAUUAUGCACAGGAAUAUGAGUUUGAGGACGAUGAGGAUAAAGCUGACAUUCCAGCUGAUAUUCGCCUUAACAGCCGAAGCAGGCUUCCUGAUUUGAUACCAGACCUUGUGUCUAGUUGUCGCAAAUCAAGUGGAGUUGGAACCUUAAGCCCUUUAAUGGGUGAUCUAGACUUUGGAUUCCCAUCCCUUGCUCCUCCUCAAUUGUUGCCCCAUGAUGGACCUAAAAAAAGAGGCAGGAAACCAACAAAGCCCAAACGAGAAGGACCUCCCAGACCACGGGGACGUCCAAGGAUAAGGCCAUUACCUGAGCCUCACCACUCUAGGGGUAUGGUGGGAGAAUAUGGGACAGGUCAUGUUGCUGAAAGAGGUAGGGGAAGAGGAAGAGGAAAAGGCAGAGGGCGACGGGAUGAAUCUAUGAUGGCCAUAGAAGUGGCAAAUAAAGAUCCAAAUAAUCUUUAUCAACAGCACAUGGAGCAUCAAAUUCAUCACCAAUCACAACACCAUCCACAACAGGACCCAAAUAAACCCAUCAAGAUUAAACUUGCUGCUGGAACCGUAUCAUCGUCUGAUGCCUUGUUACAAACAGACUCUUUGUCAGGCACUGAUCCAACCCUCUCAGAUGGUUCCCUUGGGUCAGCUCCAUCUUUGGGUUUAAGUCCUGGAACACCUGGAGUGCCUGACAUGAUAAAACCUCAGGACAAGAAAAAGUCUAAAUCUCAAGGGAUGGAAGAUAAAGAGUCAGAGAACACUGGCUUUGUUGCCUCAUUUCUAGACUUUCUUAAGUCUGGAAAAAGGACAACCGGAAGUUCAACAGGGUCAGCAAACAGCACUGGGCAUGAGGACACAUCCCCUGGGAAAAGUGGAGGCAUUCACCAACUAUCCCCUCAUCCCCAGCCUCCAUCAACAGUUGUAUCUGCAUAUGGAGAAUGUGAAAGUGAUGGAGGACUGUCUUUAGGUGGCUGCCCUAGCCCAUGCAAACGUUUGGAUGAAGAACUGAAAAGGAACCUUGAGACAUUACCGUCAUUCUCCUCUGAUGAAGAGGACUCUGUUGGAAAAAAUCAAGACCUGCAAAAGAGCAUUUCCUCAGCCAUUUCUGCACUAUAUGACACCCAUCAGCUUGGCACUUCAAUGCAACCUCCUUCACUUCCACCACCCCCUUCUCCAUCUCCUUCUGAACCACUGACAACAACACAGCAACCACCAGCACUCAGCCCUCAACCACCACUGCAUGAUCAUCCUCCUUUACACACCCACUUUAUUGAGCCUGCAAAAUUACAAAGAGACAAGGAGAAAGAAAUGGAAGAGUGUCAUAAGAUUGAAGACAAGGUAAUGGAACAAGGCAAGGAAGACAAUGUCCCAGAUAUACAGCUGCUAAAUGUCCCCAGAGUUGGAGACUUGCCUGGAGAAGUUCCUGAAGCCCAAGCUCCACCUUCUCUCCCACCAGUUUCCCCAUCAACUCCUGCUUCCUCCUCUUCAUCUUCACCUUCACCGCUUCCUGCCAUCCCUCUUCCUUCUCCUCUCCCUCCACAAGUGGAUAAUUCACCCCCUGAGAAGUUUUCACCACAACAGCUUUCAACUCCAUCUAAUCCUGUGGCUUCCUUUGUGCCUGUCGUUUCUCCUCCACAUCCUCUUUCUGUAGACCCCCCUCCAUCUUCUACCAUGGCUUCGCCUAGUCCACCUACAGUACAGGGGACCAUUACAGAACCUGCCUCCCCUGAAGAUCCCCCUGUACUUCAGAUUCUACCUUUGCACUUGGCCCAGAAACAGAAAGGUGCCGCCAUUGUUGGAGAGACUGAUGAGGAUGAAUGUGAGAGUGGAGGAGAGGGGAUUUUCAGAGAGCGAGAUGAAUUUGUGGUGCGCAUCGAGGACAUCGGGAGUCUGAAGUUGGCCCUCCAGACAGGACGAGAACCUCCUCCCAUCUGGCGCGUACAGAAAGCUCUGCUGCAGAAGUUUGCCCCUGAGAUUAAAGAUGGUCAGAGACAGUUUUGUGCCACAAGUAAUUAUCUGGGUUACUUUGGAGAUGCUAAGAAGCGGUACCAGCGUCUAUAUGUGAAGUUUCUGGAAAACGUAAGCAAGAAGGACUAUGUGAGGGUCUGUUCCAGUAAACCCUGGCACAGACCUAGUGUCACUCUAAGGAGGCAAUCUCAGCCAGUUCUAAAUGUAGCUCCACCCCCCAAUAAUCAGACUCCAUUAGAGGGGGUAGAGAAAGACAGAGAGAGAGUUAUGGUGCCUCGUGAAAGCAGAGAGAAGAACAAUAUUCGAAAAAAAGAACAGCAAGAAAAACAGCUUAUAGCCAGGGAUAAGGAAGAAAAGAACGAGAAAAGAGCUAUACCUCCUUUACCUCAGACGGCUGAGAAACAAGCAGCGGUGACAGAUCGAAGGAAGGUGAAGAAAGAAAGGAAUUGUGGACUGGAGAAGACUGAACAUUCUUUCAAGUCUCAGCCACCCAAGGCUAAGCCUCCUCCCAAGAAACGCAGGAAAUGGCUCAAGGACAUUCCUUCAUCAUCAGAAUCAGAAUCUUCAGCAAGUGAGGAUGAAAUCUCAAUAAAAGCUGGCCUGAAUACACGAGUAAUGCGUGAGAUGUACCGGAGCUAUGUGGAGAUGCUGGUCAGUACUGCACUUGACCCCGACAUGAUUCAGGCCCUAGAGGACACAGAAGAUGAGUUAUAUCUCCCUCCAAUGCGCAAGAUUGACAGUCUUUUGAGUGAACAGAAAAGGAAGCUUUUAAAAAGAGUCAAUAUGAACUCCCACCAUCAGGAAGCUCUUCAUAAUUUCCCGCAGAUAAUGGCAGAGCCUCUGGACUUGGGGGCAGUGACGGUCAGAUUGGGUGGGGAAUGCUACAAUCGCAAAACCCUGAACAGAAUUAAAAAGAGUGUACCCAAACCACAGGACCUCAAGUUGUCGACAGAAACAUGUCGAAUCUACAGUCUGUAUCAUUCACUGCAUCAUUAUAAAUAUCACACCUUCCUACACUGUAAGAAAGAGACAAACACUAUAGAGCAGGCUUCAGAAGAUCCUGGGCAAGAGGAAGUUGUUCAGCAGUGCAUGGCUAAUCAGAGCUGGUUGGAGACACUCUUCAACUCUUUCUUAGAACUGAUGGCACUUAGUGCCAAAGCGUAAAAGAGGCAAAGAAAGGGGGACCAUAAAAAAGUACAAAUUUUGGAAACAGGAAGGUCUCAAGGUACAAAGAGCUGGAUUUACUGUUGCCUAGCCCCCUUGCUUUCUCGUUUUACAGAAUCUUUUCUACAAGUGGCUCUUAAAGAGUGGCAACAGCAGAGAACUGGGCACUGAGCCCAGUGAGCUGCCACUGACAAAUUACUCUUUACGAACAUCACAGUUUUUAGACAAAUGGAUGACCACACUGACAUCACUUUGAUAUAGGUUGACUUUACCGAAUUUACUGAAACAGAAAUGGUACAAAGAACUGUUGAUCUAUGGUUGAAGAUAUAUAUUAUGUGGAAUCUUAAUCCUAUAUAAAUAUUAAAUAAUCAACUGGUUUAUAAUGUGGAAAUUAACAGGCAUAAAGAGUUUCCCUCAUUUCAACACUAGGAAAAAGCCUGUUACUGAUUAGAAAUAUACUUUUUUAAGAAAAUAACUUUUCUUUUUUUCCAAAUGAGGGGUUGAAGAUUCAGUUUUAUAAAUGAGCGAAGAGUAGUGUGCAAUUGAUAAAGCUGACAUGAAAUGGACAAAAAGUGCAACAACAACGUUGCGAUGACAUUCUAUGCUUUAGUAUUCAUAUAUAAAACAAGAGAUCUAAAGUAAUACAUUUUUAUUAUUUAUCAAGGCCUUUUUAAUGCACAUACAAUCCAAAUAAUGAACACUUUAUAACAGUUAAAAUAAUAUUACUUCAAAUGUUAUAAAUGGAACUAUUGCCACAUCCUAAGCUGUCUUCCGUUUUGUUCAUCAAAGCUGGGUGGAUACAAGGGAAAUGUAUUACUGUUUUUAUACAGAGAAUAACAAACAGUAGAACAAACAUAUUUCAAGUUACAUGGUAUUAUUGCAGUACAUUCUAUAAAAAAUAAAAUUUAAAGCAAGAGUUGAGUAUCUGGCUCCCAUUGGGGGGGGGGGUGUAUUAGACUUAUUUAACAUAGAACUUUUGUUGUUUUAUUUGUUUGCCUUUUGUCUGUAUUUUAAGUGUUAUUUUGGAACAGCCUAAUACUGUGCUUCUUUCAAAAGUUAUGCCUUUGUGUAAAUAUUGUACAGCUCCUGACUAAAGUCUCCCAAUUCCUCUGUACAUUGAUUUUCUCCCUGUAUUUGACAAGCAAAUAAAUCCAUCAACUAUACUGUCUCAAAGAAUUAACUUGUGUAGAACUAAAACUGAAAUAAAACUGGGCUUAUGUCUUCCUUGUA